AUGAAAAAGAGCAAUCUCUCAUCUAUCUUUUCUUGGCCUUUUUGUCGCCUUGAACUCAUUUCUACACUAAUUGAAAAUCGGAAUCAACAAGCUGAGAGACCAAAGCAAGCAAUUCGAUCCGGAAGAUGGAAAGCGUUGUGUGGUGCGGGAAUACAUAUACUACCUAUCAUAUUCACCAUAGUUUUAUUGUUCUUGAAUGCUUCUACUGUCUAUGCGACUUCGAUAGGCGUGGGCACUGCAAAUGUAAACGCUGGACUCAAUGGGCUACAAUUCGCGGCCAAAAUACAUGAGAUACUCAUCGGAGCUUCCUUAUCAUCUAUGGUUCUAUCUCUUGUUCAAUACAUAAUCUUUCAGGCUGGAGUACCAAUUGGCAGUCUCUUCAUUGCUUUCAGAAUCACCGACCUUACAUCACUCUCAAGUCCCGAGUUCUGGGCUUCUUUGACUGCUGAUAGAAGCCUCGACGGACGUACGUCUCUUGGUUUUCUAUGUCUUUUGACAGUAUUUUCAACCAUACUGGCCGCUGUUAGCGGUCCUGCAUCUGCAAUCUUGAUGCUACCCUCUCUUGAUUGGUGGAACUUCCCCUUUUCGGAAGAUUCCUUUCUGCUAGAUGCGGACUUCAGACUGUGGUUUCCGAAUGAAUCAAGUUAUCCAACAGGUACAUUCCGAGCAGAAACUAACAUCAUCGAACUAUGGCCAAAUCACAUCGAUGGCUCAUAUUCCCAUUCCUCGGUUUGUGGUUUUAGCAAUAUGUUAUUUACCGAUAAAUGUCCAGCUGGUGGCCAUCCCGUCAUUCAAACGUGGGCUCGCACACAGAGACCUUCUCUCGUCGGUGAUUCAUGGAACAUUACAAUGCCGAUAACACUACCGUAUAGCAUCUAUGAUCCCAUGGGAGCCUCCUUGACUAAAACAUACAGUAGUCGUUUUAUUGAAGGCACAGGGCGCCAUUAUAAUGCCAGCGAUCAUUCUGGUUCUGGAUACAGUGAGUACAUGCCAGAUUCGAACCAGUCGAGUCUUAUUGAUACAUGGCACGAGAGAACGUGGUACAUGGGCCAGACGAGUUCUGUACUCGCUACUGAUGCUCUUUUAACUAUUGCUGGGAUACACACUACUUCUGAAAAUGAAACAACCAGAUUGCAAGCAUUGGUCAAUAAUAGGAGUCCCCCAGCCCCUCAAGCAUUUGCUGCUUGUUCAGGUUUUUACUACAAUGUAUCAAAUGAGAAGGGGGGUGAAUAUGAUUCUCUUGCAAGUUUUCAAUUGCCAUUCCUUGAAAAAGACACAAGCAAUGGUCAAUACUGGUAUGCAGAACAUAAGCAGGCUUUUGAAUCAUGGAAAUCUUCUGGUGGCUGGCCACUGGCACUAUGGAUAGCACCACCAAAUCGAAGCGCAAAUUCUCCCUCAAUAGGGGUGGUGACACUACAGAAUUUUUCAAACAACUUAUUGGAAAUCGAAACGUGCUCUAUCUAUGCUGGCUGGCGGUCUUCUGAGCUUUUUAUCGAUCCCAAAACAGACCAAUACAUCCAUUCUCCAGACCUUACGAAUCCUACCAAAGACAUGGACAAUUGGACUAGCGCAAUCAACGAAUCGAGAGAUUACCCUAUGCGAAAUGUCCAGAUAGACAUUGAUUGGGCAAAUUUUGCUUUACCUCCAAACUACACAAUACUAUCUAUUGCGCUAUCAUCUACCGGAUCUCAAGCAAUAUCAUUGGGUUUAACAGUCAGCAGCCUCAUACCGGACGCGAUGUCAAGAAUCCGUCGGUCCGGCGAGAUUUCGAUACCGUUAAUCGCAGCUGAGGCAUCGGGGCAAAAACUUGAUUAUGAGAAAUAUACAUACAUCACCGUCAAUCGGUUUCGAUAUGGCUAUAGCUAUUCUCUUCAAGGAAUCACUAGAUGGCUUGCUUUAUCCAUUCUCCUCUUACAUAUCUUUCUCGCAUUGGUGCACACGGUGAUGAUCACAUGCAUGGGAUGGACUAGUAAAAUACUGAAAUCUCUGUGCGAGAUUCUUGUUCUUGCCAUCAACUCGUCGCCGUCUGCGGUACUGGACAAUACAUGUGCAGGUAUCGAGCGGCUAGAUACAUACAAGCAGAUAGUAAAAGUUAGGGAAACAUCGUUCGAGCACUUAGGCUUGGUGAUGAAUGGAGAUGAGGAUAAGCAUACCAAGAAGGUGAUGAUAGACAAGGAGUAUGGAAGUCUCGGCAAGAAGGAAACUUUUCAUUGUAAAGAAGAUUGA